UCAACAAAGUUUGCAUGCGAUGUGCUGGUUCACGUUUUGUGGUAGGACCAGUAGUAAGAGUAACUGACAGCUUGAGUGCAUGGUGCAGAUAUCUGGGCAAGCACUUCCCGUCAGUUUAUUCCCAUGUUUCAGAUGGUCAUAAUAAGAUGUAGCAUACACGUGUAAUGAUGCCUAACUUGUCCGCAAAACAAAAACACGGAUGCUGGCAGAUGGCAAGCUGUAACUUUGGGAAUCUUUGUCUACUGUGUAGUAGUCAUCCAUUCUGUUUUCACUAUGGAGUAACCUCUGACAGAAAGCGAUUAUAACCAUCCAAAUGUCCGUCUAGCUCUCAAAUGGCAAAGUACUCAGGCAAGCUGCUUCACCAGCAAGAUUAAUCAAAAUGAGCUGAUGCUUUAUGCAAUCUGAUCCAAGGACCCUAUGAGUAAGAAGAUGGGAAACAUUGAAGUGCAUGACUUUGCUCCUGUGCACGACUAUGAGAGAAAAGAACUAAACUUGAGUAAAAAGAUGACCUAUAAACAGUAUUCCAAGCACAUGAACGGUGAGGCUCAUGAGUCGAUGCUCACAGAACUACCGUGGAGCAUCCGCGACUCGAUCUGCCUGUACGAGAGGAUGAACGUUUCCUUCAAUGCCAUCACCGAGCUGCCGUCCGUCCUGCCGCUGCGACUGCCGCACCUGUCCCACCUGGACAUCAGUCACAACCGCCUCACAGGCCUGCCCGAGAGCUUUGGCUUGCUCUUCCAUCUUCAGACGAUUUACCUCAGUCACAACAGGCUCAAGUCUCUACCCAACUCCUUCGUGCAUCUCGUCAAGCUGGAAAAAAUAGACUUGUCCUACAACGUUUUACGCCAACUGUUGGACGAUUUCGGAGACAUGGAGAGUCUUUCUAAACUGAAUGUAUCGAAUAAUAAAUUGAAGGUGCUGCCGCUGUCCCUCGGAAACUGUCCCACAUUGACUUUGUUGUUGGCUGGAGGCAACAGACUAGACAGUCCGCCCCAGGCUAUAUGUAACGAAGGGUCGGAGGCAACAAUUGAAUUCUUACGGAAACUGUACAAUUCUUCAUCAGAACAAGUCUUCCACAGACCAUUGACUCCACUGAAUGACUUUCCAAGAGUGAGAGGAUACCAGCUGCAGAGUUCUGUGGCAAACCCUCAGUCGGCACAUGUGCAAUAUAUUCAAGAACAGACACACACUACAAACACUGCCAGUAGAAUUAAAACACCCUUGUUACCUCCCCUUGGAGCUUCUUCACUUGAUUCGUUUGAACUAAGAGAUAGGAUUGUAGGAAUGAUCUAUGGGGCUGCUAUUGGGGAUGCUGUUGGUGUUGCAACACGGUGGAUGUCGAAAGAUGAAUGCAGUUUUUACUACAGUGAGGAAAACAUUGAUUACUCCGAGAUCACACAGGAUGAACACCGAGUGCGCUGGAGAAAAGGAGACUGGACGGGAAAUUUUGAUCUUUUUAUGUUAGUGCUGGACUCUAUCGUAUCAUGGGGUGGAGUUGUUGAUGAGCUUGACUUUGCCAAGAAACUGCUCAACUGGUCACAGAGGGGAUUCGCCGAACUUGGGGACUCUGAGGGAGUUGUUCUUAGUGAAACAAUACAACAGAUAUUAACCAAACCGAGAUUCACACAGGACCCACACAGUGUGGCAGAAAGUCUUCUUCACUCAUUGACAUCACUGCCUGCUGUAUCGAAUGGAUCGCUGCCAAAAGAUGGUAAAUGUGAGUCCGGGUGCGAGGAGAAAUGCAAGUGUCAGCCAGGUUACAAGUCGAUACUCCGCAGUUUCAGCAGAACAUCCAUCAGUAGCUGUGAUCACUUCGGCACGGACAACGGCGCCAUUGUCAGAACAGCAAUAUUAGGAGUGCCAUUUUUCCACAACUUGUCUGAGGUUGUUGGUAAUUCUGCGAGGAUAUGUCGGGCCACGCAUGCCGACAGCCAGUGUCUGGCCAGCUGUGUGAUGGUCUCCUCACUGAUCGCCCUCAUGCUGCAGGGAAAGUGUUCCUAUACAUGCUCUGAGUCUGUGGUAAAGAUGAUAGAUGAAGCUUCAGAACUUAGCAUAAAGCAUCUUCAGAAUAAAGAACAGAUUGAAGAUUUUAGAUCCUAUGUCAGUGUGAACACUUUGAAAGAUUUGAAGGCAGAUGGCAGUAAACAAAGAAGCUAUACACACAAGCCAAUGGCUGCUGCAAUUCUGGCUCUGAAGUCCAGCGAUGGCUUUAAAAAAUUUAUAAUGAAACUUGUCCAUGAGGCUGGUGAUAGUAACAGCAACGCCUGUGUUGCUGGGGCCCUACUUGGGUGCAAAGUUGGUUAUUCACAUCUUCCUGCUAACUGGAUUGACGGACUACGCAAGAAACAGACAACUUGGCUGAAUACGAAAAUUAAUAUUUUACUUGAUAUGAUGGGCAUUCCUUAAACUAAUGUAGGAUUUAUGCAGUCGGUGAAGAGAAUGUGGGAGUCGUACUGCCAUUAACUCAGUUAAUUGUUCUCAUUGGGUUCACAUUGUAGCAUUGGAAAAACAUUAUUUAGCUUAGUCAAUGAUCGCAGUUUCAAAACAGUGACUUUAAAAAGGUUACCAUUAUGAUGAAGGAUUUGUUUGUUUUGUUAAACUAUUAAUUUGUUAUUAGGUCAAAGGUUAACGUUUUGUUUUCUUAAACGUGCUACCAUCAGACCUUAAAGUAAGUUGUGUAUUGGAAAACAAAUAUGCACUGAUCAUGAAUGUGAAUAAAAAGUAUUUAGACAUCUAGGUUAAUACUCGUGUAGAGCUGUAUGAGAUGUGUGUGGAUGUCUCAAGCUUGUGAUAAACUGAUAAAAUCAAAUGAUUUUAUACAUAUUAUAUAUUUUAUAAUUAUUAUAUAGUUAAGGUAUGUACCAGUAAUGUCCCAACUAUUGACGGGCAUACACUGUGGAUGUGUUUUCGGUGUCUUUUUAAAUUACUUCCUUUACUAUACUUAGCAUUUUCUGUAUUUUAUAGCCCAUGAUAUUGUUUUUACUUUAAAAUGUUCACCAUUUCCUAAGUUCACAACAGCCAAGCUGGUAUUUCUAUGUUGAUUUUAAAAAUUCUAAUUCUAAUGUUAUUAGUUUUAAAAGUAGAUUUUUGUUGUUAUGAAAUUCGAGAAGUGUAUUGUACAGUUGUCAGCCGUUCCAACCAUGUAUUUGACAGGUUACGUUGAACUGGUUGUAAACCAUAAAGUAAUUUCUUGAGCAGAAGUUAUUGGAAAGGAAAAGUCAUUCAUGCUUUUACAUCAGGUGAUAUUUAAUAUAAAGUAUUUUUGUAGGAGAAAGGUGACAAAAUUGUCCUUUAGUGGUUUUGUUUACCACAUGUUAUUUAUGUAAAGUAUAUUUAUUGAUUAAAACAUAUUUUAUUGCAUGACGUACACUAUAUAACCCAAAGGAUUGGGUGUAUAUAGUGUCCCUAUCCUUCAAGUACCUGUAUAUUAUAUAUGGCAGAUAUUAUAAGAAGGGACCAUAUUGACAUGUUUUCAUCAUUGACAACCAAUCAUCUUUACAGAACAUAUUGGGGUUUUCUUUCAAGUAGAUUAAAAAUUAUCAGUGAUGCACAGUUCUCUUGUGAAUUGAUAUUAAAUGUUUUUCAACUCAGUGUUGUGAUAUGUGAGAUGAAACAUCAUUAACAAAACUUGAACUUAUACUCACAAAUCAUCAGAUGAGUGUUGAUACAAACAGGGGAUAUUUAUAAACAGCUUGUUCAAAACCGGUGGAUCGCUUCAUAACUGGCUGGUGACAUCCGAGUCCACUCACUAUUUAUUGAAUAUUUUCUAGUUCGGCUGUGGUGUAUUUUUGUUGGAUAUCUUGAUCAGAAGGGCAGCUGACACGUAGAUGCAAAAUCUAUCCUCAACAUAACAGUGAUUAUUUUUAUAUGUAGAGUGUUUUGAUGUAUAUGUAGAUUGUUGUUUUUAUUCAAGAUGGAUGCAGUUUGUUUGAAGGGUAGUUUCUUAGAAAUCUAUUUUUUUUUAAAGCAGAUUCAUAUCAAAUAUUUCUUGAAAACUACAUCAUCAUGCUAAAAAUAACUCUUAGAAAUAUUUUUCAUUCAUAAAUAAGUAACAUGGUUGAGGUUUAAACAUGAAAGUUCAGUGGGCCAACAAAUUAUUUAUACAUUAAAGGUACCAUUCACAUAAUAAUGUCUUUAGAUACGUAUCAGUAGAACUGACCAACAUGGUCAAACUGCCUGAAGUGGUUGCCUGUUAUAAAGGAAUAUUUGUAAAACAGCAGUUAUUUUGUGUCUAACAUGGUUAUUUCAACAUGUGGUCAACAGAGAGAAAGUGAGGAAACCUGCUGACAUGAAGCAGUAAGGCAUCAUUUAUAUGUACUCCUACAAUGUAGGUGUGCAGGUUCCCAUUUCUGUAGGGCAGCACGCUGGUUUUGGCCUGAAUUAAACAAAAGUGCCUGAAUCUAGAUUUUUUUUUUCAUUUUAGUAUUACUGUCAAAGAGCUAUAUAGGGUUGCAAAUGAAUAAUUACACAUUUUUAUAUGAUUUAUAACUAAUUUUACGGGUAGAAUAAUGGAAAUACAUGGUAAAAAGGUUUCAGGUUAGCACAUUUUGCUCGAAUGAAGGGGGGGGGGGGGGGGCACUGGUUGGAAUGGGGAAAUAACUAAUCCACAAGGGCAAUGGAUUUUGAACCCACUGAACUUAAGGUGAAUGCUCCACCACUGAACUACCUCCCCGUCCCCCCCCCCCCCCCACACACACACACACACACACACAAAAACUAUAACAAAACCAAUUGAUGUUUUUUUAAGAAGUCAUUUUACAAUUCCUUUGUUACUAAUUUAAAUAUAACUGGCAAGUGGUCACUUGUCAUGUGAGGUCAAUGUACAAAUUACUUUGAUUACUUGUUUGACCUGUAGUAAGCAGCUGCUGGUCACAUGGGUCAGAUCGAUGUAUACCAUUGGCUGAAUGUGAUCUAAAAGUAGAAGAGGAAAUCUGUACCUGUGUGUUCAGGCACCACCUCCAUACCUAGUUAUGUUUUAUCAUUGGUUCCUUAUUUUACUGUUCAUUGUUAUAUUAUCAUGGAAAUCGAUUGUAUGGAUUAUUAUUUUCAUUUGUGAUGGGUUGAUUUUUUGUUCAUUUUUAUUACUUAUUUGGCGAACUAGUUGUGCUUGCUUACUAUUUUAAAAUUAUUAUUGUAUAAUAUAUUAUGCCUUGAUAUUUUUUGUUGAAGAGGUUUUUCUAUUAAAAUAUUGAUGGUACCAUUUUUUGAAAGUAAUGUUGACAUUAAAAAGCCACAGUGUAAACAAUAUUCUUAUUGCAUUCCAAGAACCAAUGAAUAUUUCAA